AUGGCCACGUCCACUGCUUUUAAUGCGGCAAACCAUGGCCUCCAAAUCGGAAACAACUCGGGUUCCAUCACAGCAGAAUUCCAUGUGGCGCGGGCGUACACCACCGAAGACAUUGAUCGAAUUUGUCUCCAUGCUCUGCGCUGCCCGGACUCACUGGCUGUGAAGAAUCGCCUGAAAGAGAGCAAGGACAGGUUGGUUUACCAAUCCAUUCAGUGGAUUCUUGAAGAUGCGCAGUACAAAGAUUGGGAAAAUGGGGAUGACGUCGGCCUGCUUUGGAUCAAGGGAGGCGCUGGGAAGGGGAAGACCAUGUUGUCAAUCGGUCUGAUCGAACAGCUUGCCCGUGCGCAGGAUGACUCCACCGUGGUGAUUUAUUCUUUCUGCCAGAAUGCCGACUACGAGCUCAAUACAUUGGAAGCCAUUCUCAAGGGGUUGAUUCUGCAGCUGGCGAAUCGGCAACCAGAGCUGAAAGAAUCGCUCCGUCGCCGGUGGGACACUAUACAGGAGUCUUUCAGCGAGGAUGUAACCUCGUGGCAAUCGUUGUGGAACAUUCUUUUCGAAAUGUUGGCCCGGUGCAAGUACUCUAGGGUAUAUAUGGUUGUUGAUGCGCUCGAUGAAUGUCAGGAUAACGACAUGGUUGAUUUUCUCAAAUCCAUCGUGCGAAAGGGACUGGAUCAGCCUGGUAAGGUCAAGUGGAUGUUGACAAGCCGACCAUGGGACGGCGCAGAGCGGGUGUUAUUAGCUGGUCAGGACCAGGUGCAAAUCAAUCUGGAUGGGGAACACAAUUCCCAAUCUGUAUCUGGGGCUGUGGAGGCUUAUAUCACUUCCAAAGUGGAGGAGCUUAGUCGCCAGCACAAAUAUGGAGCGACCCUGAAGAGCGAAAUAGAGACUGAGCUUACUGAAAGAUCGGAAGGUACCUUCCUAUGGGUAAGCUUGGUAUGCAAGGCGCUCGAGAGUGUCUCUCGAGAUGACGCUCUGUCCACAGUUCAAAGCUUGCCGCCGGGUCUGCAUCCGCUUUAUGAUCGGGUAUUGAACCAGCUCAAUGAAGGCGAACUGGCUGAAGUACAGAAGUGUAUGCGACUGCUCAAGGCCAUGAUGACGGUAUACCGACCUUUGAAAGUGGAGGAAGUCGCUAGUGUGAUCGGCCUAACCGAUGAAGAGGACACCAUUAGAGCAUUAGUCGAUUGCUGUGCUUCAUUCAUCCGGUUGCGCGAAGACAAAAUCGAGUUUGUUCAUCAGUCAGCGCGAGACUACUUGGCCGCAGGGACUGGGCUGUCUAUACUCGACUCUCAUGGACGCUUUGGACAUGAAGAAAUUGCCCUCGCUUGUCUGACCUAUUUAUCUGAAUAUCUCAAGCCCAACCUUGUCAACCUGCCGCGGCCCGAUGCCACGAGAGACACUUUAGGUUUGGGAAAUGGACCGACAAAUGGCGUACUGUCUCGCGUGGACUAUGCAGCUAUGUUCUGGGUGUCACAUCUAAAGAACACAAGCAACGACAGCGACAAGAGCCAAGUUAGCGUAUUUCUCCACACAAAGUUGUUAGAAUGGCUAGAAUGCCUAAGUCUGUUGGACAGGCUACCAAGGGCCAUUGACGCGUUAAGAGCACUUGAAGAAAUACUGAAAUUGACAAAGGAUGACUGUCAAGCUUUAGCAUUCGUGCAGGAUGCUAUGCGCUUUUUAUUACGACAUUACCACACUUUGUCACACUGGCCACUGCAAAUCUACAGCUCUGCCAUCAUUUUCAGUCCUGAAUCAAGUGUUGUGAAAGGCGAAAACCUUCACAAAGUUCCUGUAUGGCUGGGAAGAGCUCCUCCUAUGGAGGAUAGUUGGACGCCUAUGAUACAGACACUAACAGGUCAUUCAGAGGCUGUCUGGAGAGUCGCUUUCUCACCUGACGGCAAGCAAAUAGCAUCAGGCUCUGACAGUGGUUUGAUUAAGCUCUGGGAUACUACUACAGGUAGCCUCCAGAAGACACUAUCAGGGAGCCACCCGAAAAGGCGAUAUCAAAUACAGCAGGAGCAAGUCAAGGCAAUGGCGUUCUUACCAGAUAGCAAGCUGAUUAUAUCGGGCUAUUAUGAUGGCUCUGUUAUGCUCUGGGAUACCACCACAGGUGACCGUCAAGAGAUAGCCGACCACUUCGGCAUAUCAAAGGUCAAUUAUACCUACUUGCAGCCACCUGAACAGGGCGGGUACGGCCUCCACGCAGGGGCUUUCUCGGCGGAUUGCAAACAGAUUGCAGCAUUCGGUUGGUCGCGUGAUAGUACAUGUAUCAUGCUCUUUGAUACUGCUACAGGGGACCUCCAGAAGAUCCUAAAAGGCCACUCACAUGAAUGCUCAACUAUGGCCUUUUCGUCAGACAGCAGGCAGCUUGUAACAGGCUCUGUAGACUGCACUGUCCGGCUCUGGAACACUACCACAGGUGACCUUGAAAAGACGUUCGUUGGUCACACAGGAACGGUUUUGAGUGUGGCCAUUUCAUCAGAUGGUAGGCAGAUUGUGUCAGGCUCUAUUGAGGCCGUCAAGUUGUGGGAUGCUGCAACAGGGGACCUGCUCAAGACACUGGCAAGCGGUUUUGCCGGGAGUGUGGCCUUUUCACCCGACAGUAGGCAGAUCGCAGCAGGCUUUAAAGAUGGCAAAAUCUUUAUUUGGGAUGCUGCGGGCACUCUUCAGAAGACGCUAGAGCGCCAUCCAGGGGCAAUUAUGUCUAUCGCCUUCUCACCAGACGUCAAGCAGCUUGUUACAUGCUCUACUGAUUCGACAAUCAAGCGUUGGGAUAUUACCAUAGGUGGCGUUCAGGAAGCUGUAGGCCACUCAAAGCAUGUUACAACUAUGGUCCUUUCACCAGACGGCAAGGUGAUUGCGUCAGGCUCUGCUGACAAGACUAUCAAGCUUUGGGAUGCUGCAACGGGCGAUCUCCAGAAAACCCUAACAGGGCAUCUAGACACAGUAGAGAAGGUGGUCUUUUCACUAGACAACAGGCAGAUCGUCUCCUGCUCCUCCGAGGCAGUCAAAAUCUGGGAUGCUGCCACAGGUAAGGUCCAGAACUCAUUUGAGAGCGAUGACGUGUUCACAAUUGUGGCUGUCUCACCUGACGGCAAGCACAUCGCAUCAGGCCAUUGUAACGGCAGGAUUAAGCUCUGGGAUAUGGCCACAGGCAGUCUCCUAAAGACAAUGGCGGGCUACAGAAGCAAAUUUGAUUCCCUGGUGACAACAGAGGUUUUCGAUAUCCAACUCCAAGAAGCGAUCUUCAAUACCCAAAUCACGGGGCUGGUUUUCUCUCCUGAUGCCAAGCUAAUUUUAUCAACGUCCACUGAUAGAGCCAUUAAGCUGUGGGAUGCUGCAACAGGAGACCUCCAGAAGAGACUACCAUGCCAUUCAGACAGCAUCAUUACUGAUGCUUUUUCACGCAGCUCAGGCUAUCCAAACUGGAUCUUUUCAGUGGCCUUUUCAUCAGACGGUCAGCAUAUCGCGGCAGCCUCUGCUGAUAAAACCAUCCGGGUCUGGAGCAUCGAAAAAUCCCUCAAAGCCUCAAAAUAUCUGGGCCGCGCUGUCGGUAGUCAUAUCAAAUCGUCCCGGCCAUGGAAGGAGAUUAAGCCAUCCGCUCAGGUGUAUGACGUGAUAUUUAGCCCAGGCAACCAAUACCUUGCAACAGACAUUGGACCAAUACCACUAGAGAGCACCCCGACAAAAGGAGAAGGGGAGCGGCCAGUGAGGUCGGAUUCGGAUUCGGAUUCGGAUUCAUUGCAGAGCCUGUGCCACCGAGAUCAGUGGUUAUGCUAUGGGGCAAUGCCCUUCCUUCGGCUGUCGCCGGACUUCUAUGUUACUCGUUGGGAUGCGCACGGUGAUCGAGUGGUUGUCGGAUACGACAAUGGUCAAGUCUCAAGCUUUAAUAUCGAUCGACGGAGCUUACAAGCAGACUGGGGAACACUUGAGCUAUGA